AUGGCAGACGGGCAUGAAGAAGGAGCUGGAAAGGCUCACCCCAAGAUUCAAGCUGUCGUCUCUGCCGCUAACCAAGCACAAAUCAACGAUAAAAAUAGGGCUCUCAAUAAAUGGGUAUGGCAGCUGCGAGAUGCCAUUGAUGAGGCAGAUGAUGUGCUCGAUGAGUUUGAGUACAUGAAGCAUAAACAACAGCUCCCCAAAAACACGGAAGAAACAAAGAAAAGAAAGUUCACGAGCUUCCUAUUUGAAAGUCCUCGUAAAAUUCUCAAAAUUGGCGAACGUGUUCUCAAAAGGGAUCCCAACUUGAACCGACUGGAGGAGGCUGUGCAGAAACUUGAUAAAGUUUCGGUUGAUGUUACUACUUUCCUUCAUCUUUUAGACAGCGCGAAGCAGGAACAGAAGGAGCAGGAGGUUGAUUUCUACAAAACACGCGAAACAGGAUCUUUGCCCAAAAAUGGUCUCAUUGGACGGGGCAAGGAUAAGGAGUUUGUUAUGCAGUGGUUGAGGAUGCAAUUAAAUGAGGAACAUCAAGCUCUUGUUAAUGAAACUGAUUUGUAUAGAAAAAUUUCUCUUCUAUCUAUAGUGGGUCAUGGUGGUAUGGGGAAGACAACUCUCUUGCAACAUGCCUAUGAAGAUGAAAUGACAAAAGAAUUUGAUCUUAAAAUGUGGGUUUGUGUUUCAAAAAACUUUGAUGUGAAAAAAGUCAUUGCAGAUAUGUUGGAAUCUCUCAAGAAAAGGAGGCCUCGUUUGGACACACUUGAUGCACUUCAAAAUAGUCUUCGGACUGAGAUUAUGUCCAAAAAGUUUUUACUUGUUCUGGAUGACAUUUGGGAGGAGGAGGAGAACCGGGAUAUCAACAAAUGGGAGACGGUGCUCACCCCUCUGGCUUAUGGGAAAAUUGGUAGUGGGAUUUUGUUAACAACUCGAAUGGACUCAGUUGCAAUGAUGAUUGCAAAGGUGAUUAAAAAGAAUGAAAUAUUUAGAUUAGAGGGCUUGGAGGAAGAUCAGUGUUUGCAGUUCCUCAACUCUCAUGCAUUUGCUGAUGUAGAGAAUCCUAAUGAUUAUAAAAGAUUAAGAUUCAUUACUGGAGAGAUAGUUAAAAAGCUUUCAGGAUCUCCAUUGGCAGCUAAGGUCAUCGGUGGUGUUUUGAAUUCUAGCUUGAAUGAAAGACAUUGGACAAAUGUUUUAAAUAGUGAUUUUGUAAGUCCAAAAUUGGGUCAGGAUGACAUCUUUCUCAUUUUAAGAUUGAGCUAUAUGUUCCUCCCAAAACAUCUACAAAAUUGUUUCGCAUUUUGUUAUAUAUUUCAACAAGAUCAUCUGUUUCUUAAAGAUGAUUUAGUCAAAAUGUGGAUUGCAUUGGGUUUCAUUCAGCAGCCUCAUGAUCAAGAAUGGACUAUGGAGGAUAUUGGAGGAAUGUAUUUUGAUGUUUUGGUUAAAAAAAAUUUCUUUGAGAAGUUUAAAGCUAUUGGACGAUACUACAAGAUGCAUGACUUAAUACAUGAAUUAGCACAGUCAGUUUCCAUACAUGAAUGUUUAAGAGUUGAGAAUAGUACAAAGUUUCCUUCUAUAAUUCCUAAGACUCUUCGACACUUGUCUGUUCAAACUAUAAAUCCAGACAUCAUAAAAGAGAUUGAGAAGUUUAAAUAUUUGCAUUCUCUUUUCUUGUUCGAUAGGCCUUGUAAUGGGGAUCUUUGCAAUGCACUUAUUGACAUAUUCAAAGCAUUGGGAAGCCUACGCUUAUUAUACAUAUCUUCUACAUGCUUGAAAACGAUACCUGAGGAGAUUGAAAAUUUGAUACAUCUUCGAUUCUUAAAGAUUGAAGUUAUGAAUUUGACUAUGCUGCCAAGAUCUCUAAGUAAUCUCUAUCACUUGCAAUAUAUAAUCUAUGAAAACACAUGGGGGUCAAGCCAACUUGAAGUUGAUGAUUUUGUAUCAAGUGGCAUUAAUAACCUUUCAAACUUGCGUUACGUGAAAUUGCCUGAGAAGUAUAUUUCAUCUAUAUGUGGGAUUGGGAAGCUAAAGUCUCUUCAACUACUGAAUAUGUUUGCUCUGAGAGAUGUGAGUGGUUACAAAAUUGGGGAGCUAGAGAAUAUGAAUGAUCUUUGCAAAUUAGGAAUCACUUGCCUUGAAAAUGUUAAGGGUGCCGAGGAGGCUUGUAGUGCCAAAUUAUGUGCUAAGUGGAGGCUCACAGAUUUAACCUUAUGUUGGAGUAACACUGAUUCGAGGAACAUCGAUUUAGAUGAGAACCCAACCUUCAUCCACCAAAAUGUUUAA